UUUUGACCAUGGUCCGUUCCAUCUUAAAUCUCCGGUGAGCAGUGCCGGCGCCGGCCAGGCGAACUGAGCAGUAGCGCCCAGGGCAUCAAAAAGAUAAGCGCAUCAUUUUAGUCAAGUAUGUUAUAGGUAAUUUUGCCCAAGUUGUCCAUUCGAUCGGGUUCGACGGUAAGGCGGUAACUUCAAUCGAUGCAGGGAGGCAAAGCGCGAGAAUUGAAAUGUUUUGAUUGUACUCAAGGCCUACUCUCCUAGAAUAACGAAGCGUAUACUAGGAGUCGAAUCUCUCCUGUCAAUUUCUUUCUCAAAUCACACGAUUUGUGUAUACCCUCGUCACUUUUUCAAUCGAUUUCUAAAUACCCUCUCACCCUCUAUCCCGAUUUGACGAUUUCUUCUGUUUACUUGAAUAUCUAAUUCUGAAAAGUGAAGACUAAUUCUGUUUACUUGUGUACACUUCAGCCGUUCAGAGGGUUGUGGCGUUGUGCGAUGUUGAGAGAUAGAGGAAGAAGGAAUUUUUGUCGAGGUUUUUAUACGCUGUCUCACCUCACCUGACUUCCAACGCUCGGCUUAGCUGCAGUGCAGUGAAUGUCUGACCCGGUCUUUCUCUUCGUCAAUGGUGUCGCCUCACCUACCUCCGCUCCUCCAGUGUCAACCUUGCUUGAAUCCCAUCCAGGUGCUUACACUACCUUCAGAACUCAUAACAAUGGCUUAGAAUUUCUCUUCUGGGAAAGGCAUUUGCGCAGGCUUUCUACUUCCACAAACAUUCUCUUCAAUUCAUGUCCAAACCUUCUAUUCCGUCCAGGAAUAAAUUUGACCCCCGUAUCCCUGCAACAGAUGAAAUCCCUGGAAUGGGAUUCACUGAUUCCGUCUUUCGUUAAUAAUUCAAUGACAAAAGCAAUACCUGCUGCAUUGAAACAGAGGAAACCCGGAACAGAAUUGGCAUUCACUGCUCUUGUGAGUGGAAACUUGGAGAAAUUGAUUCCAAACGAGAAGAUAGGUGAAGAAGAAAUCCAUAGGGUUUUUAGUUUGCAUCUUCAUGUAAGUUUAUAUACUCCUCCUGUAUUUGGAGUCCGGACAGAUGGCGCUCAUCUAGCUCUUGUUGGCCAUGGAAGAGAUACUGCAAAUGCAAAGUACUCAGAUUGGGUCAGGAUGAGGAAACCAUUGGAGAAGUUGAGGCCUCCAUCUGCUACUGAGCUCUUGCUUUCAAAUGAUGGAGAUCACAUUCUUGAAGGUUGUUUAACAAAUUUUUUUGUUAUCUGUCGUAAGGAUAGUAUAAAAGAUGGUUAUUCACUUGAAUUACAGACAGCUCCAAUAAGUGAUGGUGUCCUUCCUGGAGUAGUACGUGAAGUGAUCAUCGAGGUAUGUUUGGGAAUUGGAAUCCCGAUACGUGAAGUUGCUCCAUCAUGGUCCAAACACCACUUGUGGGAAGAAGCAUUUAUUACGAAUAGCUUGAGGGUUUUGCAGCAUGUGGAAACAAUUCGAGUUCCAGGUUCAUGGAACUCACUGAGUUCUAAAACGUGGAAAGAUGUAAUGUGGAAAGAGAAACUAUUUCAGGAGUGUCCUGGAAGCAUAACUGCAGUGAUCCAGGAGGAGGUGAUGAAGAGAGCAAAGGUUGAAGGCCACCCAGUCGCAUCAUUUAUCAAGCCACAGUUAGUCACAGACUACAACGGAAAAAUGACAACUUCGUCUUCAAGAUCAAGCUUUAAUGGUGGUACAAGAAUGAGGAACAAGAAGGUAAUAAGAUGCGACUGUGGUGAUGUUUGUGGUGUGUCAGUCUCACGAACACCUGAUAAUCCAGGACGAAAAUUUUGGGGCUGCCCUAAUUAUUAAGUGGAAGGAGGCAACUAUGGUUUUUUCAAAUGGGCGGAUGAAGAACUAGGUCAAAAUAUGGAGAUGUGUCAUACAGAGGAGAUCAAGCCAUUGUUAGAAGUGAUCAUAGGGUUGUUAGUGGUUAUAUCUAUGAUGCUAGGAAUAGUGGUUAUUAAGAUGUAGUUUUGUUGGUUUUCCUGUAUUAGUAAUAUAUUAAGGAUAAUCAAGAAUUGUUACAUCUUUGUAAUGUUUUUUUAAACGGCUGAAUGUUACAUGUUUGUAAUGUAUUAAGGGUAUUAUGUAAUGUUAUUAAUGGUAGUUAAUUGCUAUCUCAUGUA